AUCAGGGACGUUGUUAUGACUCUGCAUUAACUGUCCAAUGAGAAGCAGGAAUAUUCGGAAGGUGCAGCCGUUACUGCCAUGUUUGAGUCCCGAGAAGUCGUUGAGAGGUCCCCUGACCUUGUUGACUAUGCUUCCAGCUGAUGUUAGGCCCCUUAGGGGGGAUACUUGGAUGCAUCAGAAGCAGGACAUGGAGCCAGUGACCUUUGACGAUGUGGCUGUGAAGUUCACCCUAGGAGAGUGGGCUCUGUUGGACUCUUCUCAAAAGAAGCUCUACACAGAUGUGAUGAUGGAAACAUUUAUGAACCUGAUCUCCAUAGGGAAAACAGAAGAAGAAAAUAUUGAUGUGGACUACCGAAAACUACAGAGAAAUCUGAGAAUUCAGGUCAUUGAACGAUUCUGUGGCUAUGAACAUGGUAGUCAGUGUGGAAAGACCCACCAACAGAUGCCAGAGAAUACUGUUAAUACGGACAAUCAUCCUGCAGUCACAGUUUAUGAAAGCACUAUGUAUGUAAAAGACAUCAAUGCUCACUUAUCCUCCGAUAUGCUUGUUAGAAGUCAAACUGAAGAGAAACCCUAUGGGUGUCAGGGACAUGUGGAGAAGGCUAUUAAACAUGAAAAAUGUUGGAAAGAUUUCAUUUAUUCUGAGUCCUUUCAAAUACUCAAGAGUGCUCCUGGUACAGAGAACAUCUGUGAAAAUAAACAGUCUAAUGAAUCUUAUAGUAAUCUCACAUCUCAUCAAGAUUAUGAAGGAACUCUCACUGGAGAUGAGCCACGCGAAUAUAAGAAAUUCGAGAAAACCUUAAAGGAAGAAAGUUAUGUUCAAAUAUGUGAAUCCAGAAUCCAUACUGGAGAAAAGCCAUUUACAUGUAAGCAAUGUGGAGAAACCUUCACUAAUUCCAGUCACUUGACCAAACAUCAGAGAAUUCACACAAGAGAGAAAACUUACUCAUGUAGACAUUGUGGUGAAACUUUCAUGUAUUCCAUGGCCCGUCAAAAUCAUGAAAAAACACACAAAAGGGAGCAUAGUUACAUAUGUAAACAUUGUGGGAAAGUAUGUAUUCAUUCUUACCAUCUUCUCCAGCACGAAAGACGUCAUACUCGAGAGAAACGUUAUGCAUGUAAUCAAUGUGGCAAAGCAUUCAGACGGUCCUCAAACCUUCACAAACAUGAAAGAAUUCACAGUGAAGAGAAACUUUAUGCAUGUAAGCAAUGUGGAAAGGCCUUCAUCAGUGCAGGCAACUGUUACAACCAUGAAAGAAUUCACUCUGCAGAAAAAACCUAUAUUUGCAAGCAGUGUGGGAAAGCAUUUACAUUUUCCUCGUACCUUCGAAAACAUGCAAGAAUUCACACUGGAGAGAGACCCUAUACAUGUAAAUAUUGUGGAAAAACCUUCACCCAUUCUAGUGCUUAUUACAGGCAUGAGAAAAUUCACACUAGAGAGAAACCAUAUGUAUGUGUGGAGUGUGGGCAAGCAUUCACUUUUCCCAGAUCCCUCCAAAUACAUGAGAAAACUCACACUACUAGAGAGAAAUUCCACAAGUGUAAUCAGUGUGGGAAGGAAUUUGUGUAUUUCUCAUACCUUCGAAGACAUGAAAGAUCUCACAAUGAAAAGAAACCCAAUGGGUAGAAUUUAAAUUGUGUAAACCAUGUGUAACUGUAAUCAACUUGCUUUUGAAAAUAUUUGUCAUAAUUAUUUAUUGGCUUAUAUUUAUUUAUCUACUUAUAUAUUUGCAUGAGGUGUUGGGCAAGAAUACACCCAUGCUCCAAUGUAAAUGUGGAGAUCAGUAGACAACUUGCUGGAAUCAGUUCUCUUCCCAUGGUGUGAGUCCCAGGGAUUGAGCUCAGGUCCUCAAGCUUGGCAACAACUUUCUUUCCCUUCUAGGUCAUCCCACCAGGCUUUGUCUUGCUUUUCUUAUGAGUGGGGUUUCUUAUAUAAGUUUUAUAUUUUGUACUUUUCUGUAUAUACUUUCUCCAAAAACAAAUGGAGAGAUUGGGCUUGAGAGGUAGCUCAGUGGUUACAAAUACUUUGCUGUGCUUGCAGAAGACCUGAGUUCAAUUUACAACACCCACAUGGUAGCUCACAGUUAACUCCAGCUGCAGGUGAUCCAGUGCCCUCUUCUGGUCUCUGAAUGUUGCACGCACAUACAGGCAAAAUACACACAUAUACCUUUAAAUAAAAAGAUGGAGAUCUACUGGGGAUAAUAUAAAAUUAGCAAAAGUGGGGGCUGGAGAGAUGACUCAGAGGUUAAGAGCACUGGCUGUUCUUCCAGAGGUCCUGAGUUCAAUUCCCAGCAACCACAUGGUGAUUCAUAACCCUCUGUAAUGAGAUCUGGUGCAGGCAUACAUGAAGGCAGAAUACUGUAUACAUAAAAGUAAAUAAAAUUAAAAAAAAAUAAAAUUAGCAAAAGUGUAAUUUUCCCUAUAUGUGUAAGUGUACAUAGGAUGAGCACCUACUCUUGCAUCGGGCAUCAUAAUGUUUGCCUUUUAUUCCAACAUUGAGGGGAAUAGACUCUAGAAAAUUGCAACCCUGAAUACAGGGGGCAUGGAUACAAUUUGUGAAACUUAAGAAAAACCAGUUGCAGCCAAAUUAAAUUGUUGUUUUUAAAAAUAUGAGAGAUCCAGGUGUGAUGGCAUACAUGUUUAAUCCCACCACUUGGGAGGCAGAGGCAGGCAGAUCUGUCUGAAGUCCAGGCCAGUGAGGGAUACUCAGACCCUGUCUCAAAAAAGAAAAAGAAAAUAGGGACCCAUAACAGAGCUAGUUCAAGGUCAGCCUGAGCUACAUGAAACUCAGAAAAGAAAAAGGAUGUUGUGAUUUUCUUAUGUAAUUGAAUCUUAUAAAAGCGAAAAAUGUGAAUAUCUUGAGCACAUAAAUUUAUGUAAAUAAAAUAUUCCUGAAAAUAACCUGAAAGAAAUUAAGUAAAAGUUAUGCAUGUUUACAGUAUUUGCCUAUUCUUACUCAACACUUCUUGACUUUACAUUACUUCUUUUUUCAUUGACAAUAUAAUUUAGUGAAUAAUUUUAGUAUUAUUGCACAUGCCUGUUAUCCCUGCUGCUCAAAGAGGUGAGUAAACUUGAGCUCACAUUUGAAGACCAUGAAGACAACACCUUAAGGAGCAAAAGCAUAAACUGUUUGAAUUGUGGUGAUAAAACUUUGCCAAAUCAAUUGCAUUUCAGUCAAUAAACAAGUAUUUUUUAUGGGUAUUAUUUUUAAAUCAUGAGGUGGUGCUUUACCCUUUACUGUAGAGCUGUAUUGGAUUAAUUGAGUUGAAAUGCAUUUAUUAUCUGGUACUUGUAAAUACUUUUUAAAAUUGCAGUUAUGUGUUGUGCACAUAUAUGCUUGAUCAUGAGUGUUCUAGGUAUACAUUUGGAUGUCAGAGGACAACUCUCCUUACCACAUGAGUCCUGAAGAUGGGACUCAGAUUGUCAGGCCUAUGGGCAUGUGGUUGAACCAUCUCACCAGCCCUUUAAGUAGUUUUUAAAUAGUUAUAUUUGGUAUGAAAUUGAAAAUAUCAAUGUUAAUUAGUAUUUUUUGGCUGUCGUUACACAGUAGGUUCUUUUUCUAAAAAAUGUUCUCGUUAGUUCCUUGGCAGUUUCCAUAUAUUUGCGUGGCACUCCAGUUUUCUCAACUUAGAUUCUAUACUUAUAUUUUGUGAUGUGUAUUUUCUCCAAAUAAGAAUUUUUUUUGUAUUUUUUUGUUAUUCAUGUGUGUGUGAUAUGUGUGUUUAUUGCAAAUGUACAAGAGUGGAGGUCAGAAGACAUCCUUCAAGAGUUGGUACUUUGACAGGCUGCAGUGUCAAGUGAUUUACUUCCUGAGGCCUGCACCAACUCCAAAUAAGAUUUUUUAUUUAUUUUUUUUUCUACAUGCUGUAACUAAUUACAUCCCAUAAUCAGUUAUAAUUAAGCAUUGUAGCUAUUACUAGUAUUAAGGAAUGUUGCAAACUGAGAUGGGUCAAUUGUUAAAAGAGCAUAUAUUGAUGUUGCAUAGUUUCUAAGUUUAGUUUCCAGGACCCAUGUCCAGCUGUUCACAGCCCCCUUCUAGCUGCUGCUCUGUUAGAUCCAAUACAUCUGACCUCCAAGGAUACCUCCACUCACAUGCAUAUACCCACACAAACACACACAUACACACAAAUAAAUUGAUUAUGAUUCAGUGUAGUUUGGUUUUGUUAUUGUUGAACAGUAUUUUGUUAUCAUUUAUUCAACUGAGGGGUUGAAUUAAAUUCCAUCCUUUUAAAUAAUUUUCUCACCUGGCUGUAGUAAUGUAGUGAGAGGAAGUAAUUCAUGUGUGCAAUCUCAUUUUAAAGAUGCCAAUUGCAGGACGUGGUGGCACAUACCUUUAAUCCCAGCACUCCGCAGAUCUCUGAGUUCAAGUCCCACCUAGUCUACAUAAGAUGUUCCAGAAGAUUGGCUUUUAUAGGAGUGCAGUCCUAGUUGUGGGCACUUGCUUUUCUCCUUUACUCAGUGCUUCAUAAAAUAUUUUGGACUCUGUUUUCCAUCGACACCAGUACCUCUUAGCAUCACAAGAUUUACAAGGAACAUUCAAAUAAAUUAUGGUAAAACAUAAAUGAGAUGUGUGUUUAAUACAGCCAAACUAGUGAACAUUAAUCCCUAGCCUACACUGUUAAUAAUGCUUUAAUCGCUUAUAAAGUUGGUAAAAAAAAAAAAAUGUUGAUUUUUAAAUAAACUAUUCACUGUGUGUAAUCUGUUUAGUACCAGUUUUGUGCAUGUGAGCACAUGAUUAUCACACAACAGAGAUCACUAAUCCUAUCCAUACUCAUCAGAAAGUAUAAUUCAGUAUAUUGUUGCCCAACAAAUAAAUCUAGCUUUAAAAGGCCCAGCUUUCCUUGCCUUUUUAUUCUUUUUUACCCCUUUUAUUAAAAAUAGGUUCUUCUCUCCUUUUUUUUUCUUUAAGACAGGUUCUUUUUUUUUUUUUAAUUUAUUUAUUUAUUAUGUAUACAGUGUUCUGCUUGCAUAUAUCCCUUCAGGUCAGAGGAGGGAGCCAGAUCUCAUUACAGAUGGUUGUGAGCCACCAUGUGGUUGCUGGGAAUUGAACUCAGGACCUCUGGAAGAACAGCCAGUGCUCUUAACCUCUGAGCCAUCUCUCCAGCCCCAUCUUCUCUUAUACAAUAUAUCCUAAUUGCAGUUCCCCUCCUCCUCUUCCCUGUUACUUCCCACCUCACCUCACUUCCCCUCCAGAUCCACUAACUUCUCAUUAGGAAAGAAUGGUUUUCUAAGAGAUAGCAAUCUAACAUGACAAAAUCAUCACAUCCAGGCUGGGCAUGGCAACCCAACAGAAGGAAAAGAGCCCCAAGAUCAAGCACACAAAUCAAAAGCCCACUUGUUCACACACUCAGAAGUCCCAUAAAAAUACUAAGCUGGAAGCUAUAACAUAUGCAAAGGACCUGCUGCAGACCACGUCCCUGCUACUUCAGUCUCUGAGUUCAUAUGAGCUUUGUUCAGUUGAUUUAGUGGGCCUUGUUCUGGUGAUCUCCAUCAGUUCUGGCUCUAACACUGUGCCUCCUCUUCCUCUGGGUUCUCUCCUGAGCACUGAGGGGAGGGAAUUAAUGGAGACAUCCUAUCUAGAGCUGUGUGUUCCAAAGUCUGUGUAUGUAAUGUCUGGCUGUGAGUUUCUGGGGUUUUUGUUUGUUUGUUUUGUUUUUUGUUUUUUGGGGGUUUUUUUUGUUUUUGUUUUUGUUUUUUUUCGCUAAGACAGCUUCUCACUAUGUAGUCUUGGCUGGCUUGGACCUCUUUGUCUAGAUCAGACUGUCCUUGAGCUCACAAAUCUGCCUGCCCCUGCAUCCCUAGUGCUGGUACUAAAGGUGUGGGCUACCACCCCCAUCCUUUCUUUGCACUUUUGCUUUUCAACUAUCAGCAAAACAUACAAACAUGCCAAGUCAGACCUAGGCAAGUCAUUUUUCUUAGGUCAGUAGAAAUAUAUAAAUCUCUUUACAUAGAUGCAUACAAUCUUUGUCUCAUUUAUGACUAAAUUAAAAAGUUUGAGUUUUCCUAGUAUAAGCUGAGUGAUGGCCAGCACCAUUUAUAUUAGAUACUAAUUUGCAAUCAUCCCUCAUGUGUCAAUAUGGUAGAUAAGGAACAUUCUAAACUACACAUAAAAAAUGGAGGCGUUCUUUGCUCUGUACAUAUAGUUCUGAGAAAACUAAUGGUUAUUGUUCAUUGUUGAUAAUUUGGUGAGAAAAAUGAGGUCAUGAGCAAACAUUAAAUAUUUAUGAGAUGCAAGUGAAAGAACAGUUUUCAAACGCAUACCCAAUAUGCUGAGCCUUGGCUUUAAUCCCCAUUACUGCCAAAAGAACAAAAAGCCAAGACCAAACUAAAAGUUGGUAAUAAAGUAAAUUUUGCAGAUACAAUUUCCUCAGAAGCAAAUUGCACUUCAUUUGUCUCCAGAUAGCUUCCUUUUUUAUUUGAUAGUAUAAACUUAUUACAAAACGGCAGCAUCAAAUGGCAGGAUAAAUUGUCUCAGUGUUUGUUUUCUGGAGGUCUCCUUAAAUUCUGUACUCCUUUAGGAACCUUCACAUAUUGUGUAUGAAGAGAAUUACAAAAAUCAUUGUUCUCAAAAUGAUUUGAAAAUCACAGUAGUUUUAGUUCUUGAGGAUUGGUAUGAGGAGGAAGGAUGGUCUUUACAUUCAUUGGCCAUUUGCAGUUCAUUUUCAAGAACUAUGUUCAUUUCAUUAGCUCAUUUUUGGGUUGUCUGGUUUCUUGGUAGUUUCUUUAGUUCUUUGCAUAUUCUACACUUAGUUUCUUGUCAAUUGUGUGGUGAGCAAAGGUUCCCAUUCUGUUUUUCUCUCUCAGUUCCUUUUGCUAUACAGCAACUUAGCAACUUACUUUUUUUAUUUCUGACAAUCCUAUGUCAAGUCUUGGCAUUGUUCCCUUUAAUGUUUGGAAUCUUCAGAAUGUACUUGCCUCUGCCAACUUCAAAGUAUUUUCCUUGAUCUUUUCAUCUUAUGCUUUUCAAGUUUCAGGUCUGGUCUUAAGGUGUCUCAUCCAUCUAAAAUUGAUUUUUCAUUAGGAUGACAAAUAGCUUUCUUUUUUUUUUUUUUUUUUGGUUUUUCGAGACAGGGUUUCUCUGUGUAGCUUUGCGCCUCUUCUGGAACUCACUUGGUAGCCCAGGCUGGCCUCGAACUCACAGAGAUCCGCCUGGCUCUGCCUCCUGAGUGCUGGGAUUAAAGGCGUGCGCCACCACCGCCCGGCGACAAAUAGCUUUCUAUUUUUAUUCUUCUAAAUGUGAAUUUGCACUAGAGCCCAGUUUGUGGAGUAGGCUAUUUUUCUGUAUUUUUUGAGUGAUAUCUUUGAUAAAAAUUAGGUGGCUAGUUGCAUAGAUUUGCAACUGGGUAUUCUAUUGCAUUUAUUUACAUAUCUGUAUUUGUGCCAGUAUCCUAUUGUUUUGCCACUGGCUCUGUGGAAUAACUCAAAAUCAGAUAUUAUUUGUUAUAAUAUGUAAUAUUACAGUGAUAAAUUAUUAUAAUAUAUAAUAUUAUAGUAACAAACAUUAUUUUUUUUAAUCAGGAUUACUUUGGUUAUUCAUGGCCCUUUGUGCUUCCAUAUGAAUUUUUUAUCCCCGCAACUCUAAAUAAUGUCUUUAGAAUUUUGAACAGAUUGUAUAGAAUAUAUUCAUUGCUUUUGAAUUGCUCUUUUUUUUUUAGGUUUUUUGUUUUGUUUUGUUUUUCUUUAUUCCAGAUAGGGUUUCUCUGUGUACCCCUGACUGUCCUGUAACUUGCUCUGUAGACCAGGCUGGCCUCAAACUCAGAGAUCUGCCUACCUCUACCUUACGAAUACUGGGAGUAAAAGUGUGCAUCACCACCACCCACUGAAUCACUUUUAUUUUUUACAUUAAUGCUGCCAAUCCAUAACUAUGGGAAGUCUUUCCAACAACUUGUAGUGUUGUCUUUAUUUUUUUCAGUGUUUUAAAAUUCUCAUUGUAGCUAUGUUUUUAUGACUCCUAAGAGUGGAGUUUUUAGGAUUUUUUUUUAUUAUUGAUCAUGUUUUCUGCAAGUAAGAAUAUUUUGACUUCUUCCUGUGUGUAUUCAUUUUUAUUUAUCGUUUUUUAUAAUUACUCCACCUAAAUCAUACACACUAGAUUGAACUGACAAUGAAAACAUUGGAUCCCAUUUUCUUUUUCUUGAAUUUAAUUGAAAUUCUUGGAGUUAUUGUCCAUGCAUUACAAUAUUCACUAAAUGUUUUUUCUAUAGUGCCUUUAUUAUAGUGAGGUUGGUUCCUUUGAUUUCUACUUUUCUUUAUGGCUUUUAUCAUGAAGAGAUAAUUGGAUUUUGUCAUGUGAUUUUCAUCCUUUGGUUCGUUUGUGAUAUGUUUCAUUUGUUUAUGUUGAGGCAUCCUUACAUCCCUGUACUAAAGCCAAUUUUAUCAUGGUUAAUUGUAUUUUUGAUGUGUUGAAUUUCUGUUUUGUUUUUGAUUUUUUGAAACAGGGUUUCUCUGUGUAGCCUUGGCUGUCCUGGAACUUAGUCUGUAGACCAGGCUUGUCUUGAACUCACAAAGAUCCACCUGCCUCUGUCUCCUUAGUGCCGAGAUUAAAGGCAUGCUCCACUACAGCCAAGCUGAUGUGUGAAUUCUAUCUGCAGUAUUUUAUUGACUAUUUUAUAUCUGUAUUCAUCAUAAAGAUUGACCUAUAGUCCAAAAAUGGAGUCCUUCAAGGAGAAUUCUGAGUGCUUGUGACAAAACUCCAAGAAAACAAGACAAAAGUCUUUUGACAUCAGUUUCUUAAAAACACAGAAUUUUUCUUGGAAUGUGUAUUCAUGACCCUUCCAGAUGUGGUGAGUUUACUUCAAAUUAUUCAUUACAACUGGCUAUUGUUAUUUGUUUAUAAGCCUCCAUGGAAAAACAUGUUUUUGCCAUGGGUGGCUUAUCCACCACAUGUAGCUUGCCCUUGUAUUUGUACACUUUACACAUGUGAGUCCUGUUAGCCCUCGGAGUGUAAAUUGGCUGAUGCUCAGAAAAAAGUUGGCUAUUGCAUGAGACUUUAGUCUGUCUGAAUUUUAGGUUCCAUUCUCCCAGGUUGAUACUGUCAACUGGAGCACUAAAUAAUCCUGUAAUUUUUCCUUAAGUCUUUAUCCAGUAAAUAAAUAAAAUCAAGGCAAUACUGAGUUUAUAAAUAGGAUUUGUAGCAUCCUACCACUUACAUUUCAUGAAACAGUUUGUGUAGCAUUUAGUUAAUACUUCUUUAAAGAUGUCUUAGAAUUCAGAAUGAGCCAGAAUCUGUCCUAUCCCCACCCUUGGAAGUUUUUAUGCUAUAAUCUCAGUGUCAUUGAUUGUUAUAGAUGUGUUUAAAUUGUUUCUCUCAGUUUAAUUUGGUGGGUCAUAUGUACCUAGAAAUUAACAAAUUAUUUUAAGGGUUUCCAAUUCAGUUGAGUAUGUUUUUAAGGUAUUUCAUAAAGAUUUUCUGAAUUUUGUUGGUGUCUGUUCAUUCUUCUUUUUACCUAUAUAGGACGUGCGUGUUCUAUUUAGGUUAGUUUGGCUAAGAGUUUGUUGAACUUGUUUAAGUCUUGACAAUACCAACACUGUUGUACCAAUACUUGGUGUCUAGUUUAUUUGUUCUCUACCUUUCUUUAAUUUCUUUAAAAAAAUUAGUUUAUCUCUCUCCAUCACCCUCUCCACUGUGUGUGUGUGUGUGUGUGUGUGUGUGUGUGUGUGUGUGUGUGUGUGUGCAUGUGUGUGUAUGUACCCACACACUAUAGGGAUAAAAAUCUGUUGUUUGAACUCUAACAUGCUGUGUAUAGGCUUUUUUUUUUCCCCAUGGAGGUUCCUGCAUUCUUGGAUUAUUCUUGAGAUUUCAUCUAAUUCAUUCUGUUAAUCCCAGGGAGUGAGAGUAAAGACCCAUUACCCAAGUUAAAGUCAAUUAAACAAGCUUUAUUUUACUAUACACAGGACUGACUCUCUAAAGCAGCAUUUGGGAGAACAGUGUGGAUGAACUUUUCAUGCCUCAUUAUAGAGGGGGGAAAGGUGCACACUGGGAAUUUCCAGAGGAAUUUUGGUAAUUCCAUAGACUUGGCAAGUGAAUUAGAGAAGUAAACAGCAGAUACGAUUAUUUGACAGAUCAUCUUAGCAGAACAUCUCAAGAUUGUUGGGAGAAUAUCUUAUCAGGGCAGAGUUCAGGGUCCAGUCAAAUACCAUAGAGUUUGGAACACGUCAAAUUCCAGAAAUAGGUUCAAGGCCCCUCAACUUGAGUUUUGCAGUAAAUAGAAAUGAACUUAUUUUGACCUUGUAACAAGAUGGCUUCUAAUCUUAAGACUAAAAGGCUGGUCAGUCAACUCUCAUUGGAAUCAUUUUUUACUUUGGAUUUAAUACUUCACAAAAUGGUCAUUCUGCCUCAGAUUUUCAUGUUUCUUUUAUUUAUUUAUUAGGAGUUCCACAUCUCAGUUUAUUUUGUUGGUUGGAUUUUUUUCCAUACCUGUUGUAUUCUUUCAGUUAAGGUAUUUGCGGUAUUCAAAGGGAGCUAGACUGUAGAAACUUUAGGUUAUGUUCUUCCUCACUGGAUAGAGAAAAUAUUAAUUCAAAAAUGACACAGCAGCUAACUAUAAUAUUAAAAAACAAUAUUCUCUUCAACUUUUAAUAUCUAUUGGGGGAUCAGCUAAGUAGGAUAUGAUGUGUAUGAAAUAAGAGUUUCUAAGUUGCUUGAUGGUGGUGGCACAUGCCUUUAAUCUGAGCACUCAGAAGGCAGAGAGAGGUGGAUCUUUGAGUUCCAGGCCAUGCUGGUCCACAGAGCAAGUUCCAGGAUAACCAGGGCUAUGAAGAAAAAUCCUGUCUUGAAAAAAUUGGUAGAUUAAAAGCACAUGAGGGGAGAGAAAGUGAGAGGGAAAACACUUAGUUUUUGCAUAGAAAGAAUAGAGUACACCAUGGCAUGGUUGUAGAAAAUACAUAAUAUAAAGAAAAACCUAGUUUAGCAACACAAAAACUACUACAAGACUAUUCAGAGAUAUUUAUGCAAGAUUAAAUAUUUCAUUUUUAUAGUCAGUAUUUCUUAGAUGGGGUAGAUUUUCAUUCCUUUCUCUCCUGGUGCCAUCAUAGAAAACACUGUUGAAAGAGUGGUGAGUAGUGCAGUUUGAACCCAUAACACCAGAUUUGUGAGUAUGCAGGGUCCCAACGAAGACUGAUCUUUUGCACAACUGUGCCAAAAUCUGCUUUCUCCAUUUUCACACUGUGGUUUUAUUGCCAAACUUAAAUGUUUCUGUCUAUAGCAUUUGCUGAUCUUACAUCUCUGUCCAUAGUAUAUCUAAGACUUGCUUUAAUCUACAGGGCAGCCUUUCAUUUUCUUGUUAGCUGUUCCUGAGGUAUCCAUGUCAUAGAGGUGGAGAAAGCAGGGUUUUGUUUUGUUUUUGGCAAUUAUGCUGACUGUAGCAAAAGCCACACAGUGGUGGAAAUUAUCUGCUUUAGAAUCAUGCUCACACAUCAGCCUUCAUCUUCACUGUCUGUGCUAGUCCUAUGUCUUAGAUGCCCAAGGUGUGUCAGGCCCCCUGUCACAUUUUCACUGGCUAAUGGACCUCCUGCUAGAUAUUUCUGCAGCUCAUCAUUUAGGCUUCCACGGCAAUUCCUGUUCAAUGUAGCCCAAACUAUACAAUGCAGCCAGCUUAGCUUUUUCUCCUAGAAAUAGGGUUGUUUAUUAUCCUCAUUGUUUUCUUUUGUUGAGUUGUACUUAUGGAUCUUCUCUAAUCCUCCAUCUUACAUGGAAGUCUCAACUCCCCAGUGUUCCAUUUUCAUUGCAACAAUUGUGGUCUCCAUCCUUUAUAUCAUUCUGCAUGAGCAGUUUCCUGAAGUUUUCACACAAAUGUGAAUGAAUUUGCAUUAUACAAAGCAAUGAAGGAAGUGAGUGGGACUGACAUCUUCUUAGUCUUUGGAUAAAGAGACUCAGAUGGUGAAGACAUUUGCUCUUCUGGGUCAGAAAUUUUAAGUCUGAACCCUCUAUAUGAUUGAUUAUGGCUCCAAAUUUCAUCUCAGAAACUGAAUUUCUAAUGCAACAGUGAUGCAUGACAUUUCAGGUUAACUUCCCAAGCAAUAAUUGAAGUGAACUAUUGACAGACAAAAGUUAUAAUUUUUAGGAACAUCUUAUUUUGGCAAAAGGUGUUUCAUACAAAAAGUUAGUAUAGUUUAUCAAUGCAGGGCUAGUUGAGAAUACUGUAUAUUUCAAUGAACAAAAUAAGACCAAAGUCUAUUUUCCUGUCUACCCAUAUCACAUUCAUUUAUUUCUAUUUCAGCAUAUGUUUUGGAGAAGGAACAGAGUAUAACCUUUAAAGAUUUUUAAAUUACAUUUAUUUAGGUAGUAAGAAGUAUAAUUAAUCUUAUCUAGACUCAGUUCCCACUGCUGUUGAGUGAUAGUCAAAUACUAUUGUAACCCAUCAGGUCUUUGGAAGGAGUGAAAAAACCAGAUGUGCAAAUAAUAACUAACAUGCUAAAGUUAUUCACCAAUUAGUUCCCAAAUAUAUAAUUCUUCAUUGUCUACACUUGAUGAAGAGUUCAACCUUUGGCAUUCUUAUGGGAAGAGUAUUCUGUGUACUCAACCUACAUACUGAGAACCAGAUCUUAAAACAAUCACAAAAGUCACAGGGAUAAUUGAAUUCAUUCCCUUGUCUAGGGAUAUGUUAAAUGUCUUGGAGGAGCAGAUCCAUGAGAAUGCUAUGGUAGGAACUUUUAAUUUUUAUUUAUUAUUUGAAAAUUUCAUACAUGUAUACAGUGUUUCUUGAUCAUAUCUAUACUUCACAUCCCUCUCCAACUGACUCCCACGGGACCCUCCAAAUCACAUUUCCAUAAUUCAAGUCAUCCUUUCAUGUUUAUUUUAACCUGCUGAGUCCAACUAGUAGGUAAAUGGCUGUGGUGUCAUCUACUGGGGCCCUUGGAACCUAUCAGUGGACACACUCCUAAAGAAAAAUGACUCUUCUUUCCCCACCACCCAUCAACUCCCAACAGCUCCUCAACCAUAGGAGGCCUGUCCCAAUCUAUGACGGAAUUUUUAUCUAGUUCAAUUCUGAACUUAACUUGUACAGGUAACUGCAGUUGCUUUGAGUUAAUGUAUACAACAGCCAUGUCAUGCCCUAAACAUUUUGCAGCAUCCCCCACCCACACUUUCUGGUGUUCUUGAGCAAUGUAAAACCAAACCAAAACAUAACCAAGAGAGGAGUAUUUAUUUGACUUAGUAAGAUGUUGAUAUGAAAUAUUAGUAGUAAGGGCUCAGUAACGUCCAAGUGCUGUAAAGUACAUGAGUAGAGGUGCUCCUGCUCAAAACAAUAUUUUCCCAGGGGGAAGUCAGAGUUUUCUCACCAACAGAAUUUAGGCAGCACUUUAAGAGGAAUUUAUUAGAUUGAUUUAUACAAUCUUCAUGGAAAAUACAGCAGUGCUAUUUACAGGCUAGAGAGAUUUCUAAACAAGUAUAUGCUCAGACCCUAUGUAAGAACCCUCAGAUCAAGAGGAACAGAUGAUCCAAAAGCAAUCUGAACCUAAGGCCUGGGAGUCCCUUGAAGAGUUGCUAGUUUAAGCAAAGGAUGAAGAUGGAUUCUGAUGUUUUCAGAUAUUGGCAGGGGAAAAAAGAUGUAACAGUUAAAAAAAAUCCUCAAAGCCGUCUUAGCUCUUCUGCUAAUUGUUCAUUUCAGCAAUCCUGCCCAUUAUAGUUUGCUCAUAUACAGGCCAGGAAUUCCCAACCUCACUUCGAGGAUCCUCAUGUCAAUUUCUUCUGUAUAUUUGCUCAGAGACACAUUGUGAAAUGGGGUUGACAUUAAAAGUGACUUUCAAUCCAACCAUACUUAUAGUCAAGAUUAAGGUUGGAGGUCAAAGGCCAACUUCUGGGAGUCAGGUCUUUCUUCUUCUCCUCCUCCAUCUUCUUCCUCUUCCUCCUUCAUUUUUUGCUUUUGGUUUUUCAAGACAGGGUUUCUCUGUGUAUCUCUGGUGUCCUAGAACUCACUCUGUAGACCAAGUUGGCCUCAAACUCAGGUAUCCCCCUGCCUCUGUCAUUCAAGUGCUGGGAUUAAAGGCAUGCACCACCACCACCCAGCUCAGAUCUCUUCUUCUACUAUGAGCUCAGAUUAUUAGACUUGUGUGGCAAUGGCUUUUACACUCUGAUCCAUCUCACUGGCCCAUGAACACUUUUUAAAACUUUUUUCUUUUGUAAUUAUACUAGGUGUCUAUUGGUCUGGUGGCUGAAUCACAUUAAUAUGCCUUAUUGCAUUUGAACCCCUUUGCAAUGAAUGGAGUUAUCUCUCCAAGUCUUUUUAUUUUCAAUUUUCAACCUUAGAGUUGACCAACUUUGUCAUUUCUUUGGAGUUGUUUCAGGGUUUUAUUUUUAUUUUUAUUCAUUUUACAUACCAACCACAGUUCUCUCAUGUCUCAAGUUUAAAAAAAGAUUUAGCUUUUUUAAAAAAAUGUGCAUCUAUGAGGGCAUUGGAUCUGCUAGAGUUGGAAUUAUAGGUUAUUGUGAGCCACCCAACCUAGGUACUGGGAAUUGAACUCAGCAAGUGUUCCUUAUUGUUGAGUCAUCUCUGCAGGCCCAUGGCUCAGUUAUUAUAUUGAAUGUGCACAUAUGCAUGCAUGUGGUAGCCAAAGGAUAACCUAUGCUGUCAGUCAAUCAGGUGUGGUCCACAUUUUUUGUUGUUGUGACAGGGUCUCUCACUGGCCCAGAGCUCAAGAAAUAGGGUAGGAUGGCUGGCCAGAGUAUCAGGGAUCCCUCUGUCUCCAUCUCCCCAGCAUUGGGUUAUAAGGUUGUGUCAUUAUGACCAGCCUUUUCUUUUUCACUUAAUUUCUGUUGAUAGGACCCAGUUCUUCCUCUGCACACUUUAGUGACUCAGUCCCUAAUAUGUGUGGUUGCAUUAUUUUUCUCCUAUAAUUCCUUUAAAACCUAUUUUUGACAAUAAUAUUUCAAUUUUGAUUGUUAUGUAAAAAUGGUCUUGAUGGCAAUACAGUGAUAAAGUCAUGUUUACAGCUUUCAGAGCUGGGUAAAACUCCUACUAGCUGCAGAAUUCACUAGAAAGAACUGAACUAGGGGUUCAGUGUGGGAUAUCAAAUACAUUGACAUUGUACCCAAUUGGCAGCAAAUGCUUUAUCCAUGUGCUGCAACACACACACACACACACACACACACACACACACACACACACACACACACACACACAG